AUGACCACCCCCAGCAACAACAACAACAACGUCAACGACAACCAGUUAAACAGUAACCAGGCAAAUAAAACCAACAGUGACGGAACCAAAACCUUGACGGAACAAAUCGUGACUGAGCGAACAGAGAUGCGCCGCAAUCCGACGGAAAACUACGCUGGCGGAGUGUCGGCCAACAUGGUUCGGCUCAGCGACACCAACCCCUACACAAACGAGAGGCUGUUUGCCGCUGCUCGUGAGAAGAAGGGUUCCGAGGGAACAAGACAAUGA